AACAGGUUUACUUUACAUUGCAGGGACACAAACCAAGCUCGGAUUUGACAUGCUUAAACAAAGAUCAAACCUUAAAAGGUCUCACCCAUAUUCAGCUCAUCGGUUUACUAAGCAGGAAACUCUUCAAAGGCAUCGGGUGAUCGUUCUUCGAGGUGAAAUUACCGCUAUAUGUAUAAUAAACUUCCCGUGGCUUGGUCACACGGCGCGACACGGAAUUUCACCUUUCUUCCCAGCCUUAACCACAGGGAGUUGGCCUAUAAAAGUGCCCGUUUAUGACGCAGAUCUAGCUAUUUGACGACAGUUCUUGGAACGGAUAGGAUCAGCGGGACAGUUGGAGUGCUGUUUGUUGAGGUUAAGUUCAGUGACGAUGGAUCUCAAGUGUCGAAUCUUGAUCUAUUUGGUGGGGCUGACGGUGCUGGGUGUAGUGAACUGCCAAAUACCGGGCUUCGGUGGAUGUCCAGAUUACACUCCAAUUCUGAGGUUUAAUCGAACGCGAUUCCUAGGAACUUGGUACGAAGUUGAGCGUUAUUUCACUGUUAGCGAGGUCGCUACCAAGUGCGUUUCGGCGACCUACGAACUGCAACCCGACGGGAAGAUCUACGUGCGUAAUGCUUUGACCAAUCGAUUCAACAACGUGCAGCGCGUCAUCUCUGGAGUGAUGGAAGCCCAAGGCAGAACCAAGGAUGGCAGGUACACGAUCCAGUACCAGUCCUUCCCGUAUAACUACAACGCGACAUUCAUGGUUCUGGACACGGACUACGACUCCUUCGCGGUAAUCUACUCUUGUAGCUCGAUCGGACCAGUCGGUCACACGGCCUCCACCUGGGUUCUGGCCCGAGAGCGACUGCCGCCCGGACCGGUGAUGCAGCGGGCGUACGGAGUGCUGGACAAGUUCCGCAUCAACCGCAGCUUCUUCGUGAAGACCAUCCAGGAGGAUUGCGUCAUCCGGGCGCCGCCAGAGCCGGCGUACGAUCCAACGGAAUCGUCCACGGGCUCGCGGCGUCACAGUGUGCCCGGUUUGAAGGGGGAGGACGAAGACGAGGACUCGGUGCUGAAGACGGAAGAUGAGCUGGUGCAGCUGAGGAAUGAGUUCGUCGUGAUGCCCGAGAUAGACGUCGAGGUUGAUCCGGUGGUGGAAGAGAGUGAUUGAAGAUUUUUUUUGAAUCAAGGUGGUUGAAAUAAUGUGAAUUUUCAUGAAAUAAAAAAUAUUUAUCAACACUGUUGAGUCAACAGCUAUGAACAGCUGUAUGAAAAGGUACUGAAAAAAUGCUUGAAAGUUGGUGAUGUCUUCCAUCAAUUACAUCAUCUUAUGCUAAGGAAACAUGUAUUUAACAUGAUAUUGAUACGGGAAGGAAGUAGAGAUGUAAUGUUAUC